GCAGAGUCCAGAGUCCUGAGCUGGCGGGGAGCAGUCAGCCGGGCGGCCGGGGCCUUCGGGAGGAGCCCAGCAUGGAUCCCAAGGAGCUCAGCUUGGCCCCCCUGACCCACGACACGGGCCCCCCCGGGCGCGGGGUCCCCGGUGGAAGGACCGGGAAGGACUGGUCCUGCUGGCUGGUGGUGGCCUCGCUGGUGGGCGCCCUGGGUUCCUCCUUCCUGUACGGAUACAACCUGUCCGUGGUGAACGCUCCAACCCCGUAUAUCAAGGCCUUUUACAGUGGCGUGUGGGAAAGACGGUACGGACAUCCCCCAGACCCGGACACUCUGACUCUGCUCUGGUCUGUGACUGUGUCCAUAUUCGCCAUCGGUGGACUGGUGGGGACCGUGUUCGUGAAGAUGAUCGGAAAAGCUCUCGGGAGGAAGUCCAUCCUGCUGGUCAACAACGCGUUUGGGAUUUCCGCUGCCCUGCUGAUGGCCUGCUCUCACCUGGCGGGAGCCUUUGAAAUGCUCAUUCUGGGGCGGUUCAUCAUGGGUGUGGAUGGAGGCAUCGCCCUCAGUGCACUCCCCAUGUACCUCAACGAGAUCUCACCCAAGGAGAUCCGCGGCGCCACGGGCCAGAUGACCGCCAUCUUCAUCUGCGUCGGCGUGUUCACUGGACAGCUGCUCGGCCUGCCCGAGCUGCUGGGCAAGGAGAGCACCUGGCCAUACCUGUUCGGAGUGAUCAUUGUCCCUGCUGUGGUACAGUUAGCCAUCCUGCCCUUCCUCCCUGAGAGCCCUCGCUACCUGCUCUUGGAGAAACAUGACGAGACAGGAGCUGUGAAAGCGCUGCAGACGCUCCUGGGGAAGGCGGACGUGUCGGCGGAGGUGGACGAGGCGCUGUCGGAGAGCCGGCUGCGGAGGAACGUGCGCCUGGCGUCGGUCCGGGAGCUGCUCGGGGCGCGCUCAGUGCGCUGGCAGGUGGUCACCGUGGUGGUCACCAUGGCCUGCUACCAGCUUUGCGGCCUCAAUGCGAUCUGGUUCUACACCAACAGCAUCUUCGGGAAGGCUGGGAUCGCUCAGGGAAAGAUCCCGUACAUCACGCUGAGCACCGGCGGCAUUGAGACGCUGGCCGCCAUCUUCUCGGGUCUGGUCAUCGAGCGCCUGGGAAGGAGGGCUCUGCUCAUCGGUGGCUUCGGGCUCAUGGCCCUCUUCUUCGGGACGCUCACCGUCACGCUGACACUUCAGGACCGCGCCCCCUGGGUCCCCUACCUGAGCAUUGUGGGCAUCCUGGCCAUCAUUGCUUCCUUCUGCAGCGGACCAGGCGGCAUCCCCUUCAUCCUGACCGGUGAGUUCUUCCAGCAGUCACAGCGCCCAGCAGCCUUCAUGAUCGCGGGCACCGUCAACUGGCUGUCCAACUUCGCCGUGGGCCUCCUCUUCCCCUACAUCCAGAAAAGUCUGGGUUCCUACUGCUUCCUUGUCUUUGCCGCCAUAUGCAUUGCAGGCGCACUCUACUUCUACUUCGUCCUGCCUGAGACCAAGAACAGAACCCACGCUGAAAUCAGCCAGGCCUUUGCCCGUCGGAACAAAGUGCCCGCCCCCGAGGAGAAGGCCUGCCCCGCCGCAGACGGCGAGAAGGAGAACGGAACGGCUCCCGCAUUGGACAACUAUGCCAGAAACCGGGUCGUGUGAAUGGAGGCAAAGGUCUCCCCAUUUCAACAAGCCAAAGAUCUCCCCAUGUUUGGAGGACUCAAACAGCUGAAGCCAUGCAAGCCUUUACAAACGAG